AGAGCCUUUCAGUGCCUCAAGGAUAAUUUCACAGUGAAGAACCCUCCCAAUUACUUGAGCCUACAGUUUAUUAAAUUCUACCUCCAAAUUAAGAGUAGAAAUUUAAGUCAAAAAAUUUAUUUACAAAAGUUUAACUUUCCAAAAUUCAAAGCAAAAAUUUAUCACUAAAAUUUUAGUGACCUUCAAUUUGAAGUGUUUAAAAAUAUCUGAGUGUUAUUAAAGACAGAAGUUCGUAAGAAAUAAACGGUGAUAAAAAGUGAAAAUGGGUAAAGAAAAUUAUCAGCUGACGGAACGGGAUCUACUACCUACAAUCAUAGAUGAUAAUAACGAGAACAGACUCUUUGACGCAAAAAAAUUUUCUCCCCGUACAUACGGAUCUGAAAAAAGCACCAUGAAAGAAUCCAGAAACACUGAGAAGAGACCUAAAAUGAGUUAUAGAGACCUCAUCACUGAGGUUUUUAAAGAUAAUCCACAUGAAUCGUUUACCCGAGCCGAAAUUAUAGAACACAUUAAAAAUAAACACCCAUAUUAUCGAAACAAAACCAACUGGCAGACAACUCUCAAACGUAAAUUUAAUCGUUGUUUAAACAUCCUUUUUUUCGGUAUCGAUGGUACUGAUGCUUCUGAUGAUAGAUAUGUUCAUCGCUAUUAUCUACCACCCAAUUAUCGCCUGAUAAGACUUUCAGAUGAAGAAAAGAUGAAUAGAAAUUUUCAUCAACUCGAUUUUCUUCAUGAAGUCGGUACAGUGCCAGACCCUUCUCAAUAUCAUCAGGUUUCUUUUAAUCACCCAGGAAACAUUGUUCCUUCAGGAUUUGAAGGAAAUACCUUUCCUAUCGAUUUUUCAUCAAUAAACCCACCUGCCUUUAUGGAUCAUCAGACUGACGAUUUUAAUAAUCAGCAACAUCAAGAGUUUAAUCAAAGGCCCCUGAUGAGACAACCAGGAUUGUUAAUGACGUCUUCAGGAACGAGUUCGAAUUCACUCUCAUCGAUUCCCAAUUAUCCAUACAGUCAAGAUUAUCAACACAGCCAAAACUAUUCACAAGGUCCACGUGCAUCAUACCACCAAGAUUAUCAAUCUGCAUAUUUUUCGUAUGGUCAAAAUGCCCCAUACCAACAAGAUUUUCAGGCCACCCAACAUUUUUCACUAGAAGCAAAUGCUCCAUACAAUUUUCAAUCCGCCCAAUAUUUUCCACACGACCCAAAUGCUCCAUGCAGAGCAGAUUUUCCAUCCUAUCAACAUUUUUCAAACGGUCCUAAUGGUCUAUAUAGCAAUGAUUUUCAUUCCAUCCAUGAUUUUUCACGUGGUCCAAAUGCAUACCACGAAGAUUUUCGAUGCCCCAAUAAUUUGUCAUUCAUUCCAAAUUCUCCAUACUGUCUAAAUUUUCAAUCCGCUCAAAAUUUUCCAAACGGCUCGAAUCUACCGUGCGAACAAAACUUUACACAAGCUCAAAAGAAACCAUGCUUUCAAAGUUCCACACCUCUGAACAAUUAUUUAAUGACGAGAGAUGUCAAUAUCCAAGAGUUAAAAAAUAAAUCUGUUCCAGCAGACGCGCUUGCUAGAGGUGAAAAGAAUCCAGAGAUUCAAAAUCCUCCAAGCCCUCUUCCUCUAAUGGCUAGAAAUGCAAAUGUUCAAAGUUGGUUAGAAAAUCAUCUUUCUAUUAACACAAUUCAUCGCAUAGAAGAAGAAAAAGAAGGUGCUACAGGAUUCGACAAGAAUGCCACUUCUUUAUACUUCUAUUCAAAGGAAAUUCCAAUAUUGAGUAAAGAAAAUCAAGCUAUAAAUUUUAAUCAAAGAUCUGGGAACAGCCCACCAGGAUUGUUAAUGAUAUCUCCAGGAACAAAUUGGAAAACAAAAUGAUAUAAUCAACCUCCCUGAGAGACAAGAAUGGUAGGCCGAUUGAUUUUUUUGCGGUUUAUACCCUUCCUAUUGGACGAUUCAAGCGAAUUUAUGCAACAUUUCCUGAUACUGUGAUUGUCACAUAAUUUUCUAGUCUACUUCUACUCAAUAGCACUUCAGUUGUUUUUAACUCUGUGAUUUCUAUUGAGAAAUAAUAUUAUUUUUUUAAUGGAAUCUGAUAAGUUGAAUGUUCUAUUUUUUGCAUAGGAUUGUCAUCUUCCUGAUUAAUUAAGAAACAGAAUUUUUUAAAUUUAAAAAAUAUGUUUUAGGAGGGACCUUACGAAAGUAGAUAAAGCAACCUACAAUAAAUAUCCAUUAAUUGAAAAUACUAAUGAAUAUAAAAUAAUCAAUUUAAUUUAAUUAAUAGUUAAGAUGCUAUACUCUUUAAUAAAUUAAAACGAAUUAUUUUAUGUAUUAAAUUCGUACAAGUAAUUAAUGAUCAUCUAUUGUAGAUUGUAUUAUCAACCAUGGGUGGUCUCUCCUGUACUUAUUUUUCGAUAAUAAUUAUCGAAACAUAUUACGACUUAAUCACAAGCUCCAAUCAAAAAUUAUCCUAUGGAAAUUUAUUGAGAUCGACGUUCAACUGAAUAUUGAUUCUAGUCUUCGAUAAUAAUAAUCAAUACAUCUUGCCACUUUUACAAGCAAGUUUUACACGUUUAUAUUACGUAUAUAUAAACGUAUGAAAAAAUCAAUGUUUUAGUACAAUGUAUAAAUUCAAAAUAUCAAUUGUGUAAAUAAUUUAAUUUACAUGCAUCUAAUAUCUAAGGUAAAAUGAAAUGUGACAAUAGAAACUCUGUUCUGGUUUGCUAAAAA